CUGCGGUUUGUCACUUAAAUAGUUCAGAGCUGCCCUUCGUGGAAGUAUAUGAGAGCUGGCCAGCUGCAGCAUUUGACACUUAACCCAUACUUGGCACCAACAAGAAACAUUACUAACAAUGGCUUUUUUCAAGCCCAAUUUUGGAGUUCAAGAAGUUCCAGAGUUUUUAAACCAGGCAGGACAGGAAUAGCAUUAUUCCUGCUUGAAUUCGGAAACAUAUUUUUUAGUUACUUAAUAGCUUGAAAGGAUACCGGACUCUCCAAAUUGACCUACCCAAGAAUGGCAGACUCCAUGUGUUCCUUAGAACGGAAAGCCUCCCCAGACCGUUAAACAGUCAAGUGAAUAUACAAGACAACAUACAAGAUCCAAGAAAAUAAGGAACUGAAAAUGCACUAGAGAUGCCUAAUUCAAGCACUCCUCUAGGAAACUCCUGCAGCUUCAAUGAGAUAAUAAGAAAACAAGUUCUUCCAGUUGCCUACGGUCUGAUCUUUCUAGGAGGAAUCCUGUUGAAUGGGGUGGCAGCCUGGGUCUUUCUGUACAUUCCCAGCAAGACAAGUUUUAUUGUCUAUCUCAAGAACAUUGUGGUUGCUGACCUCAUCAUGAGCUUAACUUUCCCAUUUAAAGUUUUCGCCGAUUCAGAAAUUGGAUCUUGGCGGCUCAGUGUUUUCGUCUGCCGUUUUUCGGCUGUCGUAUUUUACCUAAAUAUGUAUAUCAGCAUAACACUGUUUGGUCUCAUAGGCUUCGACCGAUGCUACAAAGUUGUGAAGCCUCAGUUCAUCGCAUCUUUCCACACUGUUCGAUGUAGCAGAUGUAUCUGUGUAGCCGUGUGGGCACUUCAUAUAGUGAUAUCACUUCCCAAUACAAUUUUAACAAAUCAACAUCCUACCAAAAAUCUUUCGAAGAGCUGUGUGAACCUCAAAAAUGAACUUGGAGUCCAAUGGCACAAGGCUUCGAACUACAUCUGCUUAGGAAUUUUUUGGACUGUCUUUUUACUCCUAAUAGCCUUUUACAGUUCUAUAGCAAGGAAAAUAUAUCUAUCCCACCAAAAAUUCAGGAAAAACUCCAAACGGUCAAGGAAAAAAACCAAUCGGAAUAUUUUCACCAUCAUGCUUGUAUUUAUCAUUUGCUUUGUUCCAUACCAUGUUGUAAGAAUCCCAUACACAUUGAGUCAAACUGCUUCACAUCAUUAUAACUGCCUAACAAAAGAGGUGUUGUUUUACCUAAAGGAACUUUCUCUGCUCCUGUGUGCUGCAAAUGUUUGCCUUGAUCCUAUUAUUUAUGUAUUUCUUUGCCAACCCUUCAAGGAAAGGUUGUACCAAAAAUUGCACCUCAAGUUGAAGGUGUCUGAGGAAUUAGAAAACUCUAGAUCUAAAAAGUCAAAUGUGAUUUGUGAAACAGUAGUUAUUCCAUAAAUUCCAAUCAAGCAUCUGGAAACCAAGCCUUAUCAGGAACAGUUGAGAGAACUGGGUAUGUUUAGCCUGGAAAAGAGGAGACUGAGAAGAGAUAUGAAAGCCAUCUUCAAAUAUCUCAAGGACUGUCACAUGGAAGAGGGGGGAAACUCGUUUCCUCCUGCUCUGGAGGGUAGGACUCGAAACAAUGGCUUCAAGUUACAAGAAAGAAGAUUCCAACUAAACAUCAGAAAGAACUUUCUGACAUUAAGAGCAUAGUGGAAUAGACUCGGCUGGAAGGUGGUGGACUUUGCCUCAUUGCAGGUUUUUAAGCAGAGGUUGGAUGGCCAUCUGUCAUGGAUACUUUCGUCGUCUGCAUUGCAGAAGGUUGGACAAGUUGACCAUCAGAAUGCAUGCCAACUCUACAAUUCUUUGAUUCUAUGAGAGCAAGCUAUUUACAAUAUGCUAAGAUGGACCCAAUGGGAGGCUGGUCCUUGAGUGCAAAUGGGUCAGUGCCUCACCAAGCUGAGCCUGCCCUCAGCUAGCCCUCACUUCACUGCCUUCUUUCUUGCAACCAGUAAGGAGGUGACGCUGACUGUCUCACACCUUAACUGAACCUAAACAAUAUGGACAGCUGUAGCUGACUUAAAAGACACUAUCACUAUUGUGAAUGAACUGAUUGUUUCACUUGGCUCCUCGAUUUUUUAUUAAUAUAUUUGUAUGCAAAAGUCAUACAAACAUGAGUGCUAUGUGCAUUUUGUGCUUGAAUUUAUAUCAAAAUAAAAUAAUGUGGAUUUCAGCAAUGGCUAUUUAAUAUAUAUCAUCUAU